UAAAUAAAAGCACAAAUAAAACUGAAUCCAACCUAAGUUAAAAUUUUCUUCCCUUACCCUGAAGAAAGUUUUUGAAGAAAUAAAAAAAUAAAAAUAGGAGUAGAAGAUUGCCGGUAAAUACCCGUUUAAUCAACAAUUCUUGCAUUACCCUGAAGCUCCAGUAGGUGACAGCAGUGCUGUGAUGAAAGGUGCCGUUUAGAGCCAAAGAAGAAAAAGAAGAAGAAGCAGAAGCUACCAUGAUAGCAGCUUGUUAGCAUCGUUGUGUUCUGCCGUUUUCAUUUGUAAUUACAUGGAGAAGAAGAGCCGCUCUUAGUUUCUGAGGCUGGGUGAGAAGAUGUAGCCAAUCAGGUGGGAGAUCUCUGCAGCACCAGAAGCCUUCCGUUUUCAGAUCCUCAUCCUGGAGCUCCUGCCCCUCUGACCCGGAGUCCGUCUGUCCGUCCGUCAGCCAUGUUGUUUUCUCUGAGGGAGCUGGUCCAGUGGCUGGGCUUCGCCACCUUCGAACUCUUCCUCCACCUGCUGGCGCUGCUGCUCUUCAGCAUGCUGGUGGCUCUGCGGGUGGACCUGCUGAGCGACCGGCUCAGCUGGUGGCUGGUGUUCGUGCCGCUGUUCGCCGCCGACGGCCUCAGCACCUACUUCACGGCCAUCGUGUCGAUCCGGCUGUACCAGGAGAACGAGAAGCGGCUGGCGGUGCUGCGGCUGCUCUGGGUGCUGACGGUGCUCAGCCUGAAGCUGGUCUGCGAGGUCCUGCUGUGCCAGAAGCUGGCCGAGCAGGACCGGGCCCGAGACCUGUGGUUCGGCCUCAUCGUGUCGCCGCUCUUCAUCCUGCUGCAGCUGCUGAUGAUCCGGGCCUGCCGGGUCAACUGAGGGCAGAGCGGCGCCGCAGGAGGGCCGGCGGAGGGAAGAAGGAAAGAGCAGGAGCAUGUUUCAGAGAAAAAUAAAAAGUCAGAAUUUCUGAGAUUAAUUUCAGAAAUUUUCUAGAGAAAACUCAAAUUUCUUUUG